CGUCCUUUGCCGCCAGCUGUCGGUGGUCUGUGGUGGAAUGCUCGCGAGUUCGUGGUCUCUGCUUCGACAUAACCUCACAAGUUAGAUCCGCAUUUCACUCUACGAAAAUGGCCAAUAUAAUAAAGAAAAUAGGGCCCAAGGUGUUUCAGUGUGGCAAGAUUUUACGUUCGAAGCCGCCUCAAAAUUUCCUGCGCCACAUAUCCGUUUCCUCCCAGCUGUGUUCGCCGAGGGUGCAGCAGCCCGCCCCCGAUUUUUGCGGCACCGCCGUGGUCGAUAACGAUUUUAAAACCAUAAAGCUGAGCGACUACAAGGGCAAAUACGUCGUGCUGGUGUUUUACCCUCUCGAUUUUACCUUUGUUUGUCCAACGGAACUCAUCGCUCUCGACGAACGGAUAGACGACUUUAAAAGAUUAAACGCCGAAGUUAUCGGCUGUUCCAUCGACUCGCAAUUCUCACAUUUGGGCUGGAUAAACACGGAACGAUCGAAAGGGGGUUUGGGACAAAUUCGAUACCCGCUGUUGUCCGACAUCAACAAGCAGAUCGCCAGAGAUUACGGGGUCCUCUUGGAGAACGAGGGCAUCGCCUUGAGGGGGUUGUUCAUAAUCGACAAGGAGGGCAUACUUCGACAGAUAACGGUCAAUGAUUUGCCCAUCGGGCGGUCGGUGGACGAAGCGUUGCGUCUUAUCGAGGCUCUGAAGUUUGUCGAGGAGCACGGCGAAGUCUGUCCCGCCAAUUGGAAGAAAGGCGCGAAAACCAUAAAACCGGACCCCAAAGGAUCGCAGGAAUAUUUCAAAUCAGUUGGUAAAUAAAUUUUGAAAACAUUAAAUUUGUAUGUUUGUUGUAAAUGUUAAAAAUAAACUAUGGGAAUUGUUGUUUUAUU